GACUUUUAGCGCCAAUAACAACGACAAAGGCUCCUGACCAAACGGUCAGAAGAUCCUGAUACAAAGAUGUGUUAUUUCAUUAUUUUGUGUGUUCAGAUGUGAGAUUAAAUGGUUGUGGAUGGCGUGUCUUUGCAGGAAUUCAGUCAUGUUCAACAAUGAGAUGAUGGCGGAUGUCCACUUCGUGGUGGGGCCGCCUGGCGGGACGCAGCGAGUACCAGGACACAAGUACGUCCUCGCUGUCGGCAGCUCCGUCUUCCACGCCAUGUUUUAUGGAGAACUGGCCGAGGACCAGGAAGAGAUCCGGAUCCCUGACGUGGAGCCUCCUUCGUUCCUGGCCAUGUUGAAGUACAUCUACUGCGACGAGAUCGACCUGUGCGCCGACACCGUGCUCGCCACGCUCUACGCCGCCAAGAAGUACAUCGUGCCCCACCUGGCCCGGGCGUGCGUCAACUUCCUGGAGACGAGCCUGAGCGCCAAGAACGCCUGCGUCCUGCUGUCGCAGAGCUGCCUGUUCGAGGAGCCCGACCUGACGCAGCGCUGCUGGGAGGUGAUCGACGCCCAGGCGGAGCUCGCCCUGCGCUCCGAGGGAUUCUGCGACAUCGACUCGCAGACGCUGGAGAGCAUCCUGCGCCGCGAGACGCUCAACGCCAAAGAGAUGGUGGUGUUCGAGGCGGCGCUGAGCUGGGCGGAGGCCGAGUGCCAGCGCCGAGACCUGGCGCCGACGAUCGAGAACAAGCGGCUGGCGCUGGGCAAGGCCAUCUACCUGAUCCGCGUCCCCACCAUGCUGCUGGAGGACUUCGCCAACGGGGCGGCGCAGUCCGGCGUGCUCACGCUCAACGAGACCAACGACAUCUUCCUGUGGUACACCGCCGCCAACAAGCCCGAACUCCUGUUCUGCACCAAGCCGCGCAAAGGCCUCGCGCCGCAGCGCUGCCACCGCUUCCAGUCGUGCGCCUACCGCAGCAACCAGUGGCGCUACCGCGGCCGCUGCGACAGCAUCCAGUUCGCCGUGGACAAGCGCGUCUUCAUCGCCGGCUUCGGCCUGUACGGCUCCAGCUGCGGCUCGGCCGAGUACAGCGCCAAGAUCGAGCUGAAGCGCCAGGGCGUGUCGAUGGCGCAGCGGAUCAUCAAGUACUUCUCGGACGGCUCCAGCAGCACGUUCCCCGUGUCCUUCGACUACCCGGUGCAGAUCGAGCCCGACACCUUCUACACCGCCAGCGUGGUGCUGGACGGCAACGAGCUGAGCUACUUCGGCCAGGAGGGCAUGACGGAGGUGCAGUGCGGGAAAGUGACCUUCCAGUUCCAGUGCUCGUCGGACAGCACCAACGGCACCGGCGUGCAGGGGGGCCAGAUCCCCGAACUCAUCUUCUACGCCUGAGAGACGCACGCACCCCCGCAACACAUUCUCACUCCCAACUCGUAAAACACCGACGUUUGGUCAGGUGGCUUUGUUCUUAUACGACGAUAAAGGAGACCUUUAGCGUCAUGUAACACGCUUGGUCGUCUCCUUUAGCGUCAUGUAACACGCUUGGUUGUCUC